UAUAGUAGUCUUGUCAUGAAAUCCGUGUAAUUAUAGUUGUUGUAAGUAGUCAUCUUCGUUGAUAACAGUGAGAUAGAGAGAGAAACAAGAAAAAUAUCAUAGAAAAAACAGUAUUACAAGGAAAAAAAAGUACACACAAAGAGGAAUAGAGGAGCGUCUUCUGUUGAAAAUGGUGGAUUUACACUCAGGUGUAACAGAAGUACUGUAAAGGUUGGAUUUUGGUAAAGUUGAAAGGGUUUUUUUUUAGUUGACUGGUAGAGUUGAAAUUUGGGGAAAAAUAAAUGGCUGGUGACAAUGACGAAGGUCAUAGUGAUAUGGUCCAGAGACUUCAAUCAUCAUUUGGGACAUCAUCUUCUUCACUUCCUAAACAGCUUCAACCUAUUUCGAUGAACCAAUUGGACAUACCCCAGUUGACAACUUCUCAAUUUAGGGGUCAAAUGAGGCAAUUUUCUCCCAAUUUUGGUGUUGAAAAUAGUAAAAGAGUAGGUAUACCGCCUUCUCACCCGCAAAUGCCCCCUAUUUCACCAUAUUCUCAGAUCCCUGUAACCAGGCCAGGGAAUCAGCAAAUGGGUAUGCAGAACUUUACUAGUGCAGGGCCAUCACACUCGCGAUCUUUAUCACAACCAGCGUUUUUCUCACUGGAUUCCUUGCCACCCUUGAGCCCUUCACCGUAUAGGGAAUCCCCGUCCACGUCUAUGUCUGACCCGAUAUCUGCUGAUGUCUCAAUGGGUGAUCAGGAUGGCAAUUCACAUUCUUUAUUGCCGCCUACGCCUUUCUCUAGGUGUAAUUCAUCGAGGGCAGGGGAGAGUCUUCCUCCUCGUAAGGCUCAUAGGAGGUCUAAUAGUGAUAUACCAUUCGGCUUUUCUGGUAUAAUGCAGUCAUCACCACCACUUGUUCCGCUAAGGAGUCCUGGUGCUCUUGAAAGGUCAGUUCCUUCAAGGGAUAAUUUGGGUGGUAAACCAGUUCAGUUGGUUAAACGUGAAUCUAUGUGGGAAAGAGGAAAUGAUAAUAACAAUGUUGAAGGGAUGGGUGAGAGGAAAUCUGAAGGAGAAGUUGUGGACGACCUGUUUUCUGCGUAUAUGAAUUUGGACAACAUUGAUGCAUUUAACUCUUCGGGAACUGAUGAGAAGCUGGGUAUUGAGAACCGUGAAGAUUUAGAUAGUAGAGCGAGUGGUACAAAGACGAAUGGUGGUGACAGCAGUGAUAAUGAAGCUACAAGCAGUGUCAAUGACAGUAGCAGCGGCAGUAUGCAGAAGAGAGAAGGGGUCAAAAGGAGUGCUGUGGGAGAUAUCGCUCCAACCACUAGGCACUACAGGAGUGUUUCGAUGGAUAGUUUUAUGGGGAAGUUAAACUUCAUAGAUGAUUCACCAAAGUUGCCUCCAUCUCCUGGACCACGCCCAGGCCAACUCUCACCAACCAAUUCACUUGAUGGAAAUUCAAACAGUUUCAGUUUGGAAUUUGGAAAUGGUGAAUUUAGUGGAGCUGAAUUGAAGAAAAUUAUGGCAAAUGAAAAACUUGCAGAGAUAGCUUUAGCAGAUCCUAAACGAGCCAAAAGGAUUUUAGCCAACCGUCAAUCUGCUGCUCGUUCUAAAGAAAGAAAGAUGAGAUACAUUGCAGAAUUAGAACACAAGGUUCAGACAUUGCAGACUGAAGCUACCACAUUAUCUGCUCAACUGACCCUCUUGCAGAGAGAUGCGACUGGGCUGACAAGCCAAAAUAGUGAACUGAAGUUUCGUUUGCAAGCCAUGGAACAGCAAGCUCAACUUCGUGAUGCUCUAAAUGAAGCAUUAACUGCUGAAGUUCAACGCUUGAAGAUAGCAACCGCAGAGCUUAGUGCAGACGCUUCCAAGUUUCAGCAGCUAUCUCUAAAUCCUCAGAUGUUCCAGUCGCAGCAGCAACAAUCGAAUCAGCUAAACAUGCAUCAGUUGCAACAGCAGCAGCAGCAGCAACAAUCAUCUCAGCCCCAACAACAUGCUCAAGCACGACAACAACUUAACAGCUCUACGACUUCAAAGCAUGAAUCAAAGUAGUAGCUUUUGGGAAAUAUCUGAUCUUCAUAAUAUUUAUAUUAGUUUGUCAAUAGAUGUUGCAAGUGUUUUCAUAUCAUUCAAUGCAUUCAUUCAUUUAGUUCUGCAUUCACAACAAAACACACCGAGUCUUGGUAUUUAUUAUCUAUAGGACAUGCAUGUUCAUUGGAUUUACUUAGUCACAAAGAGUCUUGUGAUGUAUACAGUUGGUUCUUUUUUUUUUGUUCAACAAGGAUAUUGAAUUCAAGGUCAUAUGAACUUGACUCGUUUUGUUAUUAUGGAAGUUUAAUUCAAAUUUGCCUACUUCAUGUU